AUGAUCUACGAGGACUAUUAUUCGAUCGAAAACGGCUACUUCUACAAUGCUGAGCAAGACAAACUUACGCAGGCGGAUAGCUCGCCUAUACAAUCGCUGUCGUUAUCUCUUACCUGUCGACAGGUCGCGUCUGAGGUCCGAGGCCUCGCCUUUCGCACCAACACAAUUACAUUCUCGACGUCACACUCGCAACGAACACAGGAGGCGGCAGCUGUACUUCACGCUACCGUAGGCGAAGUCAUGCACCAAAAGCACAUCAUGAUCUAUUCGCUUGUAUCUCAGCUACUCACACGCGACAUGGCCGAGCUAGCGGCCAAAGCAUAUCCGCAAUUUGCGUCAGUGUUCGACGAUUGGACGCCUCAAAGCGACAUACCUAUUCUUUACAGGAAGAACUUUCAUUGUGGAGAGGCCCCUUCGGUCUGGAUUGAUUUCAAACACCACAUUCUAGAUCUGAUGUCAAAACAUCCGUUGUUCGGCAAAAGAGCGUCUGCUAUAACUAGACUCUGGGGUCCAGAUAUCGAGUACUACACUCUCCAAGCGAAUGAUGCGUCAUCGAGACCUUACUUCAUCCCUGGCUUCAUACACGACGUUCUGAAACUAGUGUCGAAGCAUGUCUUAGCCGUCACAAGAGCGUUGAUUAUACCUCGACUCUGGGGUUCAGAUAGCGUAUGCCGCGCUACUCAACUGACUCGUACAUCACCAAAGCCUUGGGUCAUUCCCGAUCCCGUCGAGCUGAAGCGAUUAGCACACAUCGUCGACGUUGAACCCACGCUACCGUUUUACGAACCCAAGACGAAGUACACCUACUCUGCGGCUUCCAAUGCGCUUCGCUUCCUUCGCACGCUGCCAGACGCUUUGCGUAGUGAGAUAAGGAGCCUCACACUGCUCGAAGACCACGAAUCUGUGGCAUAUGCGAAGUGUCAUGGAAGAGGGUUUAUUGGUCUGUGUCAGUCCAACCCAAAGCUUCGCGUCAAGCGCGUUGUGAGUCUUUGGCAAAACGCGUUUCCGGUCACGCCCGAGAAGAAGAUGGAUUACAUUUUGGCAAGCCAGUACCCGGAGUACAUGUACAAUGUCGUCAGCGAUCCUUUGCUUUCCAAGCACAUAUCGAAAGCUCUCGGGGCAUGGAUGGCGGAAACAAUGGCCUUGCCGUCUCUUGGAAUGCCAGAAGGGUCCUAUCGCCUUGUCUUUGAUGGCGCGCCUACUUUGCAGCAUACCUCUGAUGUAUUCAAAGUAGUGCAAAGAGACAUCGCUUGGCAAUCUGCCCUUGACGAGGCCUACUCUCGUGGCUUGUUGCCUGCACCCUCUUGGCUGGAGCGACGGCUUCGUGUAGGCUACCUAUACGAAGGACUUCCAAAUUUCGUCCAGAAACUGUCAGACGAAGAGUCACUCAUCACUUGCAACUUCGAUCCCGGUUUACCAUUUGAUGUCGCCGAAAUGUUAGAAGAGCAUCGUACAUGGACCAUGUCAGAUUGGACGAGGAACUGGGACACGCACGAGCCGCGCGAAUAUGAGACAGAGGCACCGCUGGCACCAUGGCAUACUAUUCGAUAUCAACGCAUCUUUGACUAG